CCUCCUCUUCUCUGAGACACGGAGAACAGAGAGAGCUCGAUCGAGGAGGCAAAUAGACUAAGCGGACAAGAAAGAGAGAUGGCCGGGAAGAGGAGGGAGAGCAAGAGGCAGAAGCCGAACAUUCUGGUGACGGGGACGCCCGGGACUGGAAAGACGACGAUGUCGACCGCCUUGGCUGAGGCCACCCGGCUCCGCCACGUCAACAUCGGUGACCUCGUCCGGGAGAAGAACCUCCACGACGGCUGGGAUGAAGAGCUCGAGUGUCACAUCAUCAACGAGGACCUGGUGUGCGAUGAGCUCGAGGACUUGAUGGAAGAAGGGGGCAACAUUGUGGAUUAUCACGGCUGUGAUUUCUUCCCUGAGAGAUGGUUCGAUUGUGUGGUUGUGCUUCAAACUGAUAACUCAGUGUUGUAUGACCGCCUGAGUAAAAGAGGUUACACGGGGUCGAAGCUAUCGAACAACAUAGAAUGCGAGAUAUUUCAAGUGCUGUUGGAAGAGGCAAAGGAUAGCUACCGAGAAGAGAUAUUAUUGGCGCUGAAGAGUGAUACUAUCGAGGACGUCGACCGAAACGUAGCCACUUUGACAGAGUGGAUGAGGCUAUGGCAUCCCUCGACUUGAUACCGGAAUGGAGUCUUAUCCUCUUGGCUUGGGCUGUUCCUUGAUUUGCUCCAUCGUUCUCGUCCUCAGAAAAAAAAAAUGGGGACUUGCUUAUGUAUUGGACUACACGAAACGGACGCAUUUGUGACUUCACAUGCCAUUAGUUAUUAUCGAAGUGGUUUGUUUAUGACGACA